GACCGAGCCCCCUCCCGCGGAGAGGCCCGCGCCGCGGCAGCCCGUGGCCUUGCGCGGCCUGCGCCUGCUCCGCUUGUCCCGCAGAGUGCGGUGAGACCCGGGCGUCGGGCCUGACCGGGGCGCCCGCUCCCCAGCCGCGGCGUGACAGCGCAGCCGCUGGCACUUUCGGCCCAGAGUCAAGCGUGGCGUGGGGGGCACCAGCAGAGGGAACCGGGGGUUGCUGGAACUGGGAGGAGAGAACAGUCGUCUAAAGGAAAAGCGGGCCCCAAGGUUGGAGAAGGAGGGAUGCCCUAGAAAGGCGCUGGUCCCUUGUUUUCUGUGCUGAGUGACCUGACACCCAUGGGAAAAGGUCGCUGCUGGACACCUGGAUCGGGUCUGUCAUGCACAGAGGAAGCGGCUGUUCUACCAUCUGCCUGCCCUUCUGCCAUCUGAGCGCCCUGACUGCGCCACACUGCAGGCCAUGGAGAAUGAGCUGCCAGUCCCACAUACAUCUAGCAGUGCCUGUGCCACCAGCAGUACCAGCGGGGCCAGUAGCAGCAGUGGCUGCAACAACAGCAGCAGUGGUGGAAGUGGCCGCCCCACCGGGCCCCAGAUUUCCGUGUACAGUGGUAUUCCAGACCGGCAGACCGUGCAGGUGAUCCAGCAGGCCCUGCACAGACAGCCCAGCACGGCCGCUCAGUACCUGCAGCAGAUGUACGCCGCCCAGCAGCAGCACCUCAUGCUGCAGACAGCGGCGCUGCAGCAGCAGCACCUCAGCAGCGCCCAGCUCCAGAGCCUGGCAGCCGUACAGCAGGCAAGCCUGGUAGCCAAUAGACAAGGAAGCACUUCAGGCAGCAAUGUGUCUGCGCAGGCCCCGGCCCAGUCAUCUUCGAUCAACCUGGCAGCCUCCCCAGCAGCAGCCCAGCUCCUCAACCGGGCCCAGAGCGUGAACUCUGCAGCAGCCUCAGGCAUCGCUCAGCAGGCUGUGCUCUUGGGCAACACGUCUUCCCCAGCCCUGACUGCAAGCCAAGCACAGAUGUAUCUGAGGGCACAGAUGCUCAUCUUCACGCCCACGGCCACCGUCGCUACUGUGCAGCCUGAGCUCGGCACUGGCUCCCCCGCCCGGCCCCCCACCCCCGCCCAGGUACAGAACUUGACCCUCCGAACACAGCAGACACCAGCGGCAGCAGCCUCGGGCCCCACCCCCACUCAGCCUGUCCUGCCCAGCUUGGCCCUGAAACCCACGCCGGGCGGUAGCCAGCCUCUGCCUACCCCAGCACAGAGCAGAAAUACUGCUCAGGCUUCCCCCGCAGGUGCCAAGCCUGGCAUAGCUGACAGUGUGAUGGAGCCACUCAAGAAAGGAGAUGGCAACAGCAGUGUGCCAGGGAGCAUGGAAGGCCGGGCUGGGCUCAGCCGGACGGUUCCUGCUGUGGCUGCCCACCCCCUCAUUGCACCAGCCUAUGCUCAGCUGCAGCCACACCAGCUCCUCCCACAGCCAUCCUCAAAGCACCUGCAGCCCCAAUUUGUGAUCCAGCAGCAGCCACAGCCACAACAGCAGCAGCCGCCGCCCCAGCAGUCACGGCCUGUGCUCCAAGCUGAGCCCCACCCCCAGCUCGCCUCAGUCUCUCCAAGCGUGGCCCUCCAGCCCAGCUCAGAGGCCCAUGCCAUGCCACUAGGCCCGGUUACACCCGCCCUGCCACUCCAGUGUCCCACUGCCAACCUGCACAAGCCUGGCGGCAGUCAGCAGUGUCACCCUCCCACACCUGAUACUGGGCCUCAGAAUGGACAUCCCGAGGGCGUGCCCCACACCCCUCAACGCAGGUUCCAGCACACUUCAGCUGUCAUCUUACAACUGCAGCCUGCUUCACCAGUGCCCCAGCAGUGUGUCCCUGAUGACUGGAAAGAAGUGGCACCAGGGGAGAAAAGUGUGCCUGAGACGCGGUCUGGCCCAUCACCACAUCAGCAGGCUAUUGUCACUGCCAUGCCUGGUGGCCUGCCUGUACCCACGAGCCCUAACAUCCAGCCGUCCCCAGCUCACGAGACAGGGCAGGGCAUUGUUCAUGCACUGACCGACCUCAGCAGCCCCGGCAUGACCUCAGGGAACGGAAACUCUGCCUCCAGCAUCGCCGGCACUGCCCCCCAGAAUGGUGAGAAUAAACCACCACAGGCCAUUGUGAAACCCCAAAUCCUGACGCAUGUUAUCGAAGGGUUUGUGAUCCAGGAGGGGGCGGAGCCUUUCCCGGUGGGACGCUCGUCCCUGCUGGUGGGGAAUCUCAAGAAGAAGUAUGCACAGGGGUUCCUGCCUGAGAAAAUUCCACAGCAGGAUCACACCACCACCACUGACUCGGAGAUGGAGGAGCCCUAUCUGCAAGAAUCCAAAGAGGAGGGUGCUCCCCUCAAACUCAAGUGUGAGCUCUGUGGCCGGGUGGACUUUGCCUAUAAGUUUAAGCGUUCCAAGCGCUUCUGUUCCAUGGCUUGUGCAAAGAGGUACAACGUGGGAUGCACCAAACGGGUGGGACUUUUCCACUCAGACCGGAGCAAGCUGCAGAAGGCAGGAGCUGCGACCCACAACCGCCGUCGGGCCAGCAAAGCCAGUCUGCCACCACUUACCAAGGAUACCAAGAAGCAGCCAACAGGCACUGUGCCCCUUUCGGUUACUGCUGCUUUGCAGCUAACACACAGCCAGGAAGACUCCAGCCGUUGCUCAGAUAACUCAAGCUAUGAGGAACCCUUGUCACCCAUCUCAGCCAGCUCAUCUACUUCCCGCCGGCGACAAGGCCAGCGGGACCUGGAGCUCCCCGACAUGCAUAUGCGGGACCUGGUGGGCAUGGGACACCACUUCCUGCCAAGUGAGCCCACCAAGUGGAAUGUAGAAGACGUCUACGAAUUCAUCCGCUCUCUGCCAGGCUGCCAGGAGAUAGCAGAGGAAUUCCGUGCCCAGGAAAUCGACGGGCAAGCCCUGCUGCUGCUCAAGGAGGACCACCUGAUGAGCGCCAUGAACAUCAAGCUGGGGCCCGCCCUGAAGAUCUACGCCCGCAUCAGCAUGCUCAAGGACUCCUAGGGCUGGCGGCAGCCAGGAUUCUGGCCCAGGGCGGCUCCUCCCGACUGAGCAGAGCCAGACAGACAUUCCUGAGGGGCCCAGAAAUGGGGCCAGUUGGAGGGCAGGGGCUCUCCCUAGGGGCAUAGCUGGUGAGGAGGUCUGGGCACCUCCUCCAUGGCUCUCAGGGGCCUUUCAUUUCUGUGGGAGGGGCAGAGAGGUAGGUGGCACAGAAGAUGGGGCUUUAUGCUUGUAAAUAUUGAUAGCACUGGCUUCCUCCAAAGUCCCAAUACUCUAGCCCCGCUCUCUUCCCCUCUUUCUGUCCCCCAUUUUCCAGGGGGUAUAUGGUCAGGGCUCCCCAACCUGAGUUGGGUUACUUCAAGGGCAGCCAGCAGGCCUGGAUGGAGGCCUAGAAAGCCCUUGCCUUCCUUCCUCCCACUUCUUUCUCCAGGCCUGGUUAACUCUUCCGUUGUCAGCUUCUCCCCCUUCAGCCUGUUUCUGCAGCAGCCAGGGUUCUCCUCCCUACACCCUCUGCAGGUGGAGAGAGAGAAGCUGGGCCCAGCCGGGCCGUGCCUGCUGGCACAGACGCCUUAACGCUGUGUGUAUGACUGUGUGACUGUGUGGGAGCCUGGACUGACAGAUAGGCCAAGGGCUACUCUCUGGCAUCUCCAGGUGUUUUGUAGCAAACAGCCACUUAGUGCUUUGUCCUGGACUCCACUCAGCCUCAGGAUGGGGAAUAGCCAAGAAUGGCAGCCUCAGCGCAGAGGCAAGGUCAGAAAGAGACGGCGCUUCAGAGUUUCCUUUCCAGACACCCCUCCCCGCACUGUGAAGUUCCCCUGACUGCCCUCCUGGUUCACAAAGAGCAUUAAGAAAGCUGCGGUGGUCUAAGCAACAUAGCCCAGAGGGCUGAGCCUCCUGGCCUGCCUGCCUGCCCACCCUGGGAGUCCCAGUGGUGAGGCUCAGAGAACUUCUAAGGGGAGAGAACAGCUGGAGUUUCUGUUGAUGUGAAGAAGGCAGCUCUUGGCCUCCCACUCCCACACUUCUUUGCCUAUAAUCUUCCUAGCAGCAAUUUGAGCUACCUGAGGAGAAGGCAGGGCAGAAAGGGCGAGGGCCUGCCUCUGACCUGCAGUGUCCUUUGCAGGAAGGAGGUAGGCACCUUUCUGAGCUUAUUCUAUUCCCCACCCACACCCCCAGGCAGGGUUGGAAAUGAAGGACUUUUUUAACCUUUGUUUUUGUUUUUUAAAAAUAAAUCUGUAAAAUCUG